AUGUUACAAGAAGGAAUGGAGCAGAACGCUGCGUUGUAUAGUUACUCUGGGGGUGCGGACCACGAAGACGUGGUCAAUUUUACGAUGAACGAACUUUCUCAUUUACAGGUUUCUGAAGACCAGGAACAUGAGUCUUGUGCAUACUGUGGGCUCUCCAACCCUAGUGCUAUUGUAAAAUGUCUUCAUUGCAACAAAUGGUUUUGCAAUUCGCGAGGUCACACUUCAGCAUCUCACAUAGUUACACAUCUGGUGCGAGCGCGUCAUAAACAAGUGUCUUUGCACAAGAACUCUCCGCUAGGUGAAACAGUGCUGGAAUGCUACAACUGUGGAACGCGUAAUGUAUUUCUUUUGGGUUUAAUCCCAGCCAAAAGCGACACGGUCAUUGUUUUGCUGUGUCGUCAACCUUGUACGAAGGUUAGUCUGGCAAAAGACAUGAAUUGGGAUGUCAGUCAGUGGCAGCCUCUAAUCACAGACCGUCAAUUUCUACCCUGGCUCGUGUUGCCCGCAACUAAGGAAGAGGAAAUGGCUGCUCGGCCCAUUACCUCUCAGCAAAUUUCUCGUUUGGAAGAGCUUUGGCAUGAAAAUGCAAACGCUUCUCUCGAGGAUCUGGAGAAACCGACGGUUUCGGAGAAUUUGCCAUCUGUGGAUCUGCGGUUCCCUGAUGCUCGUGCGUAUCAGGCUGCCUUCUCUCCUCUUGUGCAAGUGGAAGCUGAGUACGACAAGAAGCUGAAGGAGUCGCAAACGCAGAACGAUGUUGUCGUUCGUUGGGACCAGAGUCUAAAUCAGCGUUAUACAGCUUGGUUUUAUCUGCCUAAAUUAGAGUCCGGAGAGAUCCGUUUGGCUGUCAGUGAUGAAAUGAAACUUCGUUACGAAGGUGAACUUCGACCCAAGUGGAGCUCUACCGGUUAUGUAAUCAAAAUCCCUAACAAUAUAUCCGACGAGGUUGGCUUGGAAUUAAACCGCAGUGACAAGAUUCCCAUCGAAUGCACCCACAACUUCUCGGUUGACUACGUGUGGAAGUCUACGUCUUUUGACCGCAUGCAGGCCGCACUGAAAUCAUUUGCUACUGACAAUUCUCGGCUGUCUGGCUACCUUUAUCACAAACUCCUUGGUCAUGAAGUUCCUCCCCUUACACUAAAAACAAAACUUCCUACUACAUUUUCCGUACCGAACCUCCCUGAACUUAACUCCAGCCAGGUAAAUGCUGUGCGUUCCGUCCUCACUCAACCCCUUUCGCUCAUUCAAGGUCCUCCCGGUACCGGUAAGACAGUUACUUCUGCUUCGAUCGUAUAUCAUCUUGCUACACAGACGAAGGGAAACGGGUCCGCAGUUCUUGUUUGUGCACCCUCUAAUGUUGCCGUUGAUCAAUUGGCUGAAAAAAUACAUCAGACUGGAUUGCGAGUGGUUCGUGUCACAGCAAAGUCCCGUGAGGACAUAGAUUCGCCUGUUUCCUUUUUGUCUUUGCACGAACAAGUUAAGAAUUAUGAAGGCAAUGAGGAGUUUUCACGUUUGCUUAAACUUCAGAAUGACGUGGGUGAGCUUUCGCUGGCCGAUGAAAAGCGUCUGCGUGUUCUUGUCGCUUCGAUCGAGCGUGAACUGCUUCAGUCCGCUAAUGUUAUCUGUUGUACAUGUGUAGGAGCUGGCGAUAAACGGGUUUCAAAGCUACGUUUUCGUGCUGUUCUCAUUGAUGAGGCUACACAAGCUUCGGAGCCAGAAUGUAUGAUUCCUUUAACACACGUUUACAAACAAGUUGUGUUAGUUGGUGAUCAUCAACAACUUGGUCCCGUUGUAAUGAAUAAGAAGGCUGCACAAGCUGGUCUCUCACAGUCACUAUUUGAAAGGCUUAUCAUUUUGGGAAAUUCGCCCAUCCGUUUGACUGUGCAAUACCGUAUGCAUCCUUGCUUAUCCGAGUUUCCUUCAAACAUGUUUUAUGAAGGAACAUUGCAAAACGGUGUUACAACGGCUGAGCGACUUGCUCGUUAUCUUGAUUUUCCCUGGCCUCAGCCUGAGGAGCCGCUUAUGUUUUAUGCCAACUUUGGUCAAGAAGAAAUUUCCGCUAGUGGUACUUCAUACCUUAACCGUACCGAGGCUUCUACUUGCGAGAAAAUAGUGACUCAGUUUUUUAAGGCUGGAGUAACUCCUGAGCAAAUUGGUAUCAUUACUCCGUAUGAUGGACAGCGUUCGUAUAUUGUUCAGUAUAUGCAAAACAAUGGUGCUUUAAAGAAGGAUCUUUAUAAAGCCGUUGAGGUGGCAUCUGUUGAUGCAUUCCAGGGAAGAGAAAAGGAUUUUAUUAUUCUGUCUUGUGUUCGCUCCAGUGAGCAUCAGGGAAUUGGUUUCUUGAGUGAACCUAGAAGACUGAAUGUGGCCUUGACCCGUGCACGUUAUGGUGUAAUUGUUCUUGGCAAUCCAAAGGUACUUGCAAAGCACGCACUGUGGUAUCACUUCAUUGUUCAUUGUCGCGAACGUGGAUAUUUGGUUGAAGGACCAUUGAAUAAUCUGCAGAAGUUUAUGCUUGGGCUGGCUCCUCCAAUUAAGCCUCUUAAGCUUCCCCGUAAUCUGGUUGCUCAACAACCUUUGUCUGCUGGUAUCAGCGCUUUUACAAUUAACACGUUUGCUCCCUUCAUUAACCUUCAAAACUACUAUGCCGUUCCCUCGUAUAUCGAUGAGUGGAGUCGGUUGGCAGAGUCAAAGCGUCAUGAUAAUGGCGGUGCCGACUUAGAUGAUUUCCAAAGUCAGAUUGGUGACAACGAAAGUGAUUAUGGAGAUAUUACUAGGUUUUAA